UUCUCUGAACUUCUUUGCUUCGCCGCCCCUUUUGACUGCUAUAGUACUUAAUGGACUUUUCAUUUUAUUCAAAAUUACACUAUCAAUGGAAAAUGCACCAGCUAAAAACUGGGAGCUUACACUUUAUGAGCUUCAACGCGAACCCCAGAAACCAAUAACGGAUGGAACGGAGAUUGCGGUUAGCCCCCGCAGUCUUCAGAGCGAGCUUAUGUGCCCUAUUUGUCUCGAUAUCCUCAAAGUAACUAUGACGACCAAAGAAUGUCUUCACAGAUUCUGUUCUGAAUGUAUAGUGACUGCCCUUAGAAGUGGUAACAAAGAGUGCCCUACAUGUAGAAAGAAGCUUGUAUCCAAACGUUCCCUCAGGAGGGAUCCCAAUUUCGAUGCGCUUAUUGCUAAAAUAUAUCCUAGCAGGGAGGAAUAUGAGGCACAUCAAGACAAGGUAUUGGCAAAAUUAAAUAGGCAUCACCUGGGAUCGUCUUUAACCAAGUCCUUCGACCAGCAUCUUGGAUUUGGACCUUCUAGUAUACAUCGUUCAAGAUUUUCUGUUAAUGGCCGUAACACUAGCACUUCGUUUGCCACCCUCGCAAAUGGCGAUCCAUCUACUGGUCCGAACGAUGUCACUGGUUCAAAUAGUAAUGUACCAGGUCAACAUAUGUCCGCCAAUGGGGCAAACGCUGCCUCAAUAUCUCGAGCUAACUCUGAUGUAGAAAGUGGAAUGGAUACCUAUUCUUUGGGUGGUGCAAGUAGCUCAGCUGCAUCUGACGCUGGUGGAACCGGAGGAAGAGCCACUACUUCCUUA